GAGCAAUUCAGUAUGCUUCGUGACGUCAGUCGGUAUGCUCUGUCGAACAUUAAAAGAAAUACAUUCUAUUGUCCCCAAGAAAAAUAAUGUUUUUUUAAAGUUUAAAAUAAAGUAGAAUAAUUUAGUUUUCCACAAUCUGAGGUAAAUAUGUGCAGUAAUGGCUGUUGAAUCAUGUUUAUCGCGGCUGACAGAACUCCUCGGUGAUCGUUUGCUAUUUGGUUCGACGACAGUACAGCUUAAUGAGUCAACGUUCAAUGGUUCUUUAAUCGCAUUGUACUUCGUUCCAUUAGGCGAUGAAAUUGCCUCGAUAGACGAUCAGGCUCUACGUGAUUUAUACAAAACUGUAAAUGAAAACGAGAAAAAACUUGAUAUUAUACAGAUUUGUUAUCCAGACACAAUUGACGAUCGCAAAUGUUUCGAUGAACUGACGAAAAGCGUUCCGUGGCAUACAGUCCUAUAUGAAUAUGUGGAGAAAAGGAUUCGUUUAAGGCAUAAAUAUCGAGUUGAAAAUGCUGAACAUUUAUUGAUUCUAAAUGAUAACCAUUUAGAAAAAGUUCACACUCGAAACGGUCUUAAACUUCUAUCAUGUGAGAAAAGUUUUCCAUGGACAGAUUUAUGGAAUGAAAAAAUUUGUCGAGAAGCCUUGAAACUUACCUCAAAUGAAGCUAAUGAUACCAUUUAUGGUCUAUACUUUUCUGCACAUUGGUGUCCACCGUGCAAAGCAUUUAUUCCGCAGCUCAUUCAUGCUUACGAUAAAAUAAGAAAAAGAAUCAAUUUUGAGAUAAUUUUUGUUAGUUCUGACAGAAGUGAACAGUCUUAUAAAUCUCACGCGUCCACUAUGCCAUGGCCUUCUGUUCCAUAUGACAAUAAUAUUUUACGAACAAACCUAACCGAAUGUUUUAAUGUUCGUGGUAUUCCUUAUUUAGUAUUAAUUGAUAACAAUGGAAAUAUUAUCACAGAAAAUGGUCGAGCGGAAAUUAUAGAAGAUCCUGAUGGAUCUUAUUUUCCGUGGAGAAAAAGAUUUGUAUAUUCUCUUUCUUCAAGACUUUUACCUAAACUUCAGAGUUACCCAGCUGUAGUAUUAUUCAUUGAAGGAGAUCAAGAAGAAGAAUUAGAGUUGGCUGAAGGUGUUUUGUUGCCUGUAGCACAACAAAUUGCAAAAACUAGAAAUAACGCAUUAUAUGAUCUUUUAUUCUUUAUAGCUCCAGACGAUGAUACAUCAGAUACCUUAAGACAUUUCACGAGACUGACAGAUGAUACAGCACCACUGUUAACGUUAAUAGAUAUACCAAUGGCAAGAAUUUCAGUUAUGGAAUAUGGAAUCCAUAUAACAGAAAAAUCUAUAAUGAAUUUCGUUCUUGGUUUUUUUGAUGGAACAAUGAAAUUUUCACCAAUACUUUAGUUAAAAUAUUUUUUUUACAAAUUGUUAAAGAAUAUUAUAUGUAGUAAAAUAAAAUACAUUUAUUAUAUAGAAUUAUCAUAAAUGCUGUAAAAGUAGGACAAUCCUAUAUCCUAGGACCGUUUCAAUGAUAUGAAUAUGGUAUGGUAAAACUAUA